CUGAUCGGAAAUGAAAUUUUGCAGGUUUACGGUGCAAUUCUUGGUCGACAAAAUAAUCGACAAGUUGAGGCGAUAAAUUCGUUUCAAUUAAAAGUCGGAUAUUCGGAUGAUGGAGUUGAUAUAUGUUUUGCAGAAGUCGAAGUGUUCCCCGAACUCAAAAUCAUCGGCAUCUAUUGUUGUUCAGAAAAUGACAUUCUGACUGGAAAUGAGAAAUCGAUGUUGUUGAAAUUGGCUUUGACAAUGACGGGUGUCGAAAAAAUACACUAA